GCGGCAACCACCGCGCGACGCUGUCAACCGGUUCUUCCCGGGUAUUGCAAAAAUUGAACGCAAAAAGUUCUUUAUCUAGCUAUCGCUAACCCUGUCGCGGGGCUGGUUUGUCGCCUUUCGUACACUCGUUCGUCUACUCAGUGUGUUUACAAUAUAUUGCGUUUCAUGUUUAUUUUUUUGAUUAAAUAAAAGUGCAAAUUGCUCAUCACUUAUGAGACGAUCAUUUGUGAAAAAAACACGUCAACGUGCGCGUUUUAUCGUUGAAAUUUCGAACGAUAAUCGCACGAGCUUUUGUUUCGUAUAAGUAAAACAAAUUGUGAGACUCGACUAAACAUAGAGAUAAAAAGAGUUGAUCCAGUCUCGCGAGUUUUUGGUUGCUCCACUUGUCACCACGAGUGAUACACCAGCGUCACGACGUAACAUGCUUACGGACAUGACACCGGCGGCUGCCGGUCAACUCUAUCCUCAACUACAGUCGAUCAACAAAUCACCGGUUCACGGACACGUGGAUCAUCCAGGAUUACGUGGCACGCCGUUGGCAAUGCUCGCUGCCCAGUGCAACAAAUUGAGCAACAAAAGUCCACCACCACUGGCAGACGCUGCGGUCGGUAAGGGAUUUCAUCCUUGGAAAAAAAGUCCCCAGAGUAGUGGUAGUUCGCCCCAGCACCCGAGUAAUACGGGCGGAGGCGGUUGCACCACGACGGGUGUGACGCAGAGACCCACAGCGACGAGUAGCGCCGGUAGCAGCGGCGGGGGUUACGCUCGGGCCCCCGUCACGUCGUGCGCCUCGACGGCGCCCCAGUACGCGAGCGAUCUGUAUUUUCCGGGCACGGCCAGCACGCAGCCGGCCAGCGACCAUCAUCACCAGUCGAGCCUCUUGGGCAAGGUGGAGGGCGCCACGCUCGGCUCGUGCUCGGUCUACGGCCGCCAUCCGUACGAGUCGUGGCCGUUUAACACGAUGCCGGGCGCGUCGCACGGCGGCAUCAAGGCCGCCGACGGCUGGUGGGACGUGCACGGGGCCGCGACGGGUGGCUGGCUCGACGUCAGCGGCACCGUAGGCGUGCACGCCGCCCAGAUGGCCAAUUACUCGGCCGAUUACUCGACCAGUCUAGCCCUAGCUGGCAAUCACUUGCUAAGUCAAACGAGCGCCGGUCACAAUCUACUCCAGGACACGUACAAAUCGAUGCUUCCUGGCGGACCACCGAGCUUCGGACUGCACCAUCACGGAGGUGGUGCCGGCGGAGGAGGAGGCGGAGGCGGCGGCGGGAGCGGUGGCGGCGGUGGCAGCACCGGCGCCUCGAGUCCCCAGAGCGCCAGCAGCGCCACCAGUGGCAGCGCCGGUCAGGCGCCAUCGCCGCGCUCGCAGCGCCGCUACACGGGACGGGCCACUUGCGACUGUCCAAACUGCCAGGAGGCCGAGCGACUGGGUCCGGCCGGGGUCCAUCUGCGCAAGAAAAACAUCCACAGCUGCCACAUACCCGGAUGCGGCAAGGUCUACGGCAAGACGUCCCAUCUGAAGGCCCAUUUACGCUGGCACACGGCGGCACCUUCGAACCCACACCGGCGAAAAGAGAUUCGCCUGCCCGGUCUGCAACAAACGCUUCAUGCGCAGCGAUCACCUCGCGAAGCACGUCAAGACGCACAGCAGCAGCAGCAGCGGCAGCAAGGGCAAGGGGGGAGCGGGGAGCUCGUCGGCCGAGUCCUGCUCCGACAGCGAGGACAACGGGAGUCAGCAGAGUCCCAAUUCCAACUCGGCGGCUCAGCAGCAGGUGCAGGUGUCCCAACAGCAGCAGGCUCAGCAGGCUCAGGCGCAGGCGGCGGUGUCCCCACAAAUGCAGUUGGGGGCGCCACCGGCGGUGCCUCAGCAGCAGCCUCAGGGCUCGCAGGACACCAGCACCAGCUCUCAGCAGCCGAGCAGCGUCAACAACACCUUGUCGCAUCAGUCGACGGCACCCAUGACCCCCAUGCAGAUGACGCAUCCCUCGUCUCUGAGCCAACACCAUCCCCACCACCCGCAUCUCCCGCCACUAAUGCACCAUCAUCCUCAUCAUCACGUGGCGGCGGCCUCGGCCGUCUCGGCCCACCACCACCAUCAUCAUCUUCCACACGCCGGGAUGAGCAUGCACUGAGCCCGGUGGGGCCCGGAGCAGCCUCACACGCGGCCCUGGGCUCCCCCCUAUCCUACCCACUGAACCUCAAUCUCAUUCAUCAGAGCAGCCACGCCGCCGCUGCGGCGGCCGCUGGUAUGCUAGCUGCGAUGCAGUCCUCUCCCUAUCACCAACAACAACAACAACAACAACAGCAUCAGCAACAACAACAACAGCAGCAUUCCCAACAACAAUCCCAACAUCAACAACACCACCAGCAACAACAACAAGCUGGCUCCUAUGGUCAUGCUAAUCCCGGCACUCCGAAUCAAGCUCAGACUCCUUCGCCAUCCUCGCCGCCACCUGUACAUAGUCUCUAGGCCGACACUCCUACGCGCUACUACCCCCUUCUCCUUCGCACGCCACAUGCUAUUCUCUGAUAAAAAGAUUAUUAUCAUUAUUUAUACGAUUAUCGAU